AGAAAUAUGGACAUGUCCAGUAGGUGGCGGUAACGAGCGGACGCUAAAAACCUCGUUUUUUCCCUCUUUGUUGGAUAUAAAACGCAGUACUGGAUCCAUUUUGAGGUCACAGAUGUUAGUAUCUCAGUUCUGCUGGAGUAAAAAAGCCACACGUGCGAAAAACGAGAAGAACAGAGUUGCUUUCAUUUUCACUCUGACAGCUGAGCUCCUGUGCUGGAUGUCUCGUCCUCAGCAGGUGGACAAAUGACCUAAACACAGGAAGAUGAAGGAGCUUUACGGUUUCUUCUUCUUUGUACACCUCCUGCAGCAGUCCAGUGCAGAUGUUCACUCCUUCAGCGCCUUUUUCAUCGGCUCUCAAGGCCUCGAUCUGCCCGAUUACAUGGAGAGAGUUACUGUGGACGAUGUGACCAUGUUUUAUUACGACAGCAGUAUGAAUGCAGUGGUGCCCUGUCCUGAAUGGCUCAACACUACAGAGGGUCAGGAACGCUGGAAGGAUAUUAAUCUCAUAGCAGUUCAUAAUCGAUACAGAAUAGCUUCAUAUCUCCAAUCAACCAUGCAGCAGUUCAACUUGACAGGCCCUUCUUCGGACGUUAACAUGUACCAGGCCUACAGUCGCUGUGACGUGUAUCCGAAUGGGACUCGCAAGGCAGUGUUAAUGCACGCAUUCAAUGGGAAGGACUUUCUGACUUUUGAUAUUGACAGAAAGACAUACAUAGCUUCUGUUUCUCAAGCGGUUGUAUACAAAAGGCAGAAGGAGGAAGAUCCAGUCUUGCUUGAAAAUGUGGCGUCUUUCUACAAAAAGACCUGCUAUGAGCGACUGAGCAUGUUCCUGCAGCACGCUCCGGGAGUCCGAGUAAAGGAAGUUCCAGAAGUCCAUCUUUUCGAGAAGACCAAGGCUGGCUCUAAGGUCCUCACGUGUCAUGUGACUGGGUUCUACCCCAGAGACGUGCAGGUGGAGUGGGUCGGAGCUGGUCUACAGUCUGUGGAUGAAGAGAUGAUUGAUGUGCUUCCUAAUGGAGACGGUACUUAUCAGACCAGAAGGAGUGUGAUUAGACCUGAGGAGAACCCAGAGGAACACACUUACAGCUGCAUGGUGCAUCACAGCAGUGUAGCAGGAGACAUCACCAAAACCUGGGUUACAGUUGAACGCUCCAGCCUGGCUGUUGGGAUUUCUCUUACCUGCGUGUUCUUGGCCAUCAUUGGAGCUGGGCUUGUAAUCGUACUCGGAAGGUUCUGUAAAAAUAGAGGUGCUGGGGUUUAAAAAUAUCUUUUACAUGAAGAUGAAGCACUUCACGCUCUUAAAGGCUCCCCCUUCAGUUCCAGUCCUCUCACUCUCGUUUGUAAGUGGAUUAUUUCUCCAUAAGGACUGAAAGGUUUACAUUCUAGCAAGCAAGCAAAAUUUAUUUAUACAGCGCUUUUUACAACAUGUGUUGUCACAAAGAAGCUUUACAAAACAAUCAGUAUUACAGAGAGAAAA